UAUCUUCAAAGAGUAUUGAACAUAAAGAUACAGAAGCAAAUCUACAGUCAAAGCUAUGGUCAACUUCCUUCUUAAAAGAAAGCAAAGUGUGAUGAGUCAAUGAACAGGCUGGAUACACACUGGGAGAUCAGAGUGGCUGUGAGCUGAUGGACACCAUAAAGGACACGGAAUCAGGUGAGAUGGGCAAAAAUGAAGUCAUUACAAAGCAGGAGAAAAAUAAUGAAAAUUGCCUUCAGGUUAUUGAUGAUAAAUUGUCCGAGUCAACAAAAGAUGAUGGUGAAGAUGACACCAGUGAUGAAAGUAAUGAAGACAGUGGCCCAAAAAAGGACAUCCGUGCCCCAUUAGAGUUAAUGGCAGAAUUCCUAAGAGCAGAAAUGAGCCAAGACUACCAUUUGGCUAAAAAAUUAUGUCAAAUGAUCCUAAUCUAUGAACCAGAAAAUCCUGAGGCCAAGGAGUUCUUAGUACUUAUUGAAGAAAUGUUGCUGAUGGAGAAAGCUCAAAAUCGUGAGGAAGAGGAGGAAGAUAGUGAAGAAGACAGUAGUGGGGAGAGUGAAGGAGAAAGCAGUGAGGAGCCGAGUGAAGAAAGCUCUGAUGAAUGUGAAGAUGGGUGAUGAAAGGUGCUACUAUGGUUUAAUCUUCAUAUAUUUUCAUUACUAUAUAGCAUGGAAAUAUAAAGAAGAAAACUGCAUUUUAUUCUUCUUUAUUUGGUAUAGAGGUACUUUAAUUUAUCCAUAUUAGUUUGAACUCCUUCUAAUAUUAAGGUCUUGAUUCAAUGUGAGUUACUCAAGAGAGGAAAACAAUUUAUAUUUGAAAACACAUCUUACUAUGUGCCAGUUACUGUUCUACACACACUACUUAAUGCAACAAACCCAUGAGGUAAGUACUAUCGUUAUUCCCAUUCAGCAGAUGAGAAAACUG